AGAAGCGAGCCUGUCCCAUGAUGGGAUCUGGAGUGAUGGGGUCAGCGGUCAUGCCCGGGUUCCAGGUGAUGAGUGACCUUCUGACGAUAAGAGAGAAGAACAUCGUUUACAGCCUCAUAGGACCGCACUGCACGCUGAUGAAGUGCACAGUGGCCCAGGUGCUGCAGUCCACACAGGAGCCAGAGGCGGUGCUGUGGAGGAACUUGGCCUGUGGGGUCCUCUGUGUCAUCAGAGACCAGUCCAUUAACACAUACUUCCUGCGCCUCUUCUCUGUCCAGAGGGCAGAGUUGCUUUGGGAACACGAGGUCUACAUUCCCUUUAAGUAUGCUGCCCCUCGCACGUACUUCCACACUUUUCCGGCUGACGGACAUCAAACAGGGUUCAACUUUGCAGACGGGUCGGAGGCAGAGGAGUUCUAUUUUGCUGUGGAAACUGUUAAGGAAGAUCUAGACAAGCUUUCAUUUGAACACUCUUCAGAGAAAAAUGACCGGUCAUCUGAGAUCUCUGACAUAAGAGCAAAACCCUCGUCCCACACAGACUGGAAAACAAGCUGCCAGACUGUCUCACCCACGGCAAAAGGAGCGCUUACUUUUGACCAUGAGGCGUUCCUCAGGAGGCUCUUGUCUCAGAGCCGUCUCACUGAGGAGGACCUGAGGAGGCGCAGUGUGAGUGACAUCGUGGAUCACAUCAUCAGUCAGUCUGGAGGAGCGCAGGCCGUCCGCAAGGAGCUGCACAGGGGGGUGCUAGGAUCAGGCUCCAAGACUUUACCUCGCUCUUCAGGCUCCUCCCUCUCUCAGAGGAAAGAACCUCUGCCACGGACCCCCUCUUUCCCAGGUUGUCCCACCACAGAACAGAGCCCUGUGUACGGUAACACUGGAUCUGUGAGGGUCAAGAAGAGUGCAACCUUCAGUGCCCCUGCACAUGUGGAUGGAGGGAAGGACGCCAUAUUGGCUGCGCUCACAGAACUGUUCAGGCAAAAACAACUUGUGCAAAAUGAGAAGAAUGAAAGUAGUUAUGAAAAUGCAAAGUAGAUGUUAUGUGCAGU